AUGGGCAAGUCAGAAAAGACAGGCGUUGCCGCGGCCGAUCCGCCCGUAGACGUAUCUGAGGCAGAGUCCCAGGCCCUAAGCCGUUCAACGAUAUGGCUCGAUCGACUCAAGAGAUGGGGAUUAGAAACGCGAGGAAUGCAACCAGUGCCCCUUGAAGAGAGAACUGAUACUCGAUUCAUCAACAUAUUCUUCCUGUGGUUCACCAUGAACGUCAACAUCCUGCCUAUCGUCACAGGCAUGCUUGGAACUCUGGGCUUCGGUCUCUCACUAAAAGACUGCUCACUUCUGAUCUUAUUCUUCAGUAUGCUAUGUUGUGCAUUCCCGGCGUACUGCAGCACAUUCGGCUCUCAGACUGGUCUGCGACAGAUGCUUAUUUCGCGCUUCACCUUUGGAUACUAUUUCAUCGUCAUCAUGGUCAUCCUCAAUCUGUGUACAAAUGCCGGUUUUGGCAUAAUCUGUUCUGUCACAGGCGGCUCGACUCUUGCUGCCGUUUCCAGUGGCUCAAUCAGCAGCACUGUUGGAAUUGUCAUCAUCUCUAUUAUCGCAAUGGUGGUAUCUUUUAUCGGAUACAAGUUCCUCCAUCAGUAUGAGCGCUACUCGUGGAUUUUUAAUCUGGUAGCCAUUAUUAUCGCCACUGGUGUUGGUGGAAAGCACCUGAGCAACCAAGUUGAACAGCCAGCAGCAUCGGCAUCUACGAUUGUUAGCUACGGCGGUGUUAUCGCAGGCUUUAUCAUUCCCUUUUCUGCCUUGGCUGCUGACUUCUCCGUUUACUGCCAUCCCAAAGUCUCUACGUGGCGUAUUUUUGCCUACACGUAUGCCGGGAUAUUCUUCCCUGUCGUUACCCUCAUGAUCCUGGGAGCUGCCAUUGGCGGAGCAACACCCAACGUCGUGUCCUGGAAAGACGGCUACGAUCGAUUCACCGUGGGCGGUGUCAUGCAGGCGAUGCUUCUCCCCGCAGGAGGUUUCGGCCGAUUUGUCGCCGUGUUGCUGUCACUGUCUGUGAUUGGAAACCUUGCAGCAUCCAUAUACUGUAUCUCACUCAACUUCCAGCUGCUGGCCCCCUUCAUGCUCAAGGUACCGCGCAGCCUUUUCACCAUUGUCUACACUGUUGUGGCCAUCCCGGUAUCUAUACAAGCCGCCAAGUCGUUCUUCGAUAGCCUGGAGAACCUGAUGUAUCUCAUUUCCUACUGGGCCGCUGGCUAUGUGGCUGUCAUUGCUACCGAGCAUUUUGUGUUCCGAGGAGCUGAUUUCUCAAGGUACAACCCAGAUCACUGGGACCAGCCUACUAAGUUGCCGACAGGACUUGCGGCAAUUGGUGCUAUGGGAAUCGCGUUUGGCUUGACAGUUCCUUGUAUGUCGCAAGAAUGGUAUACUGGUCCUAUUGCUAAGACAACAGGAGACAUUGGGUUUGAGGUUGAGCUGGUUCUUGCCGCCCUUCUCUACGUUCCGCUGCGAUGGGUUGAACUUAAGUUCCGUCCUAUUUAA